AGAAGCUCCUAUAUAAGGCCGCCUGCCUUCGGUCCAGAUCGUCACUGAGGAUUUCUCUACUCGACUAGAGCAUUCGCGCCAGUCUCACAACACAUUCCUUCAACAUGAAAACUUGGGUUGCAUUCCUACUGUUGGCGUUGGCCGCGCAGUGCAUGGCCGGUGCCGUCCUUCCCCUGGACACCCCCGAAGUCGCCCAGGCCAAAGCCGCUCACAUCGCCCGCUACAAUUACGAGGCGGCCAGGAACACUCUGGGCACGGCGCCGCUGCUGCUCCAGGCUCAGGCUCACCUGGCCUAUCCUGCGGCCUACGUAGCGCCGCGCGCCUUCGCCUACUCCUCGCCCUACGGCUCGUACUACGAGCCAGCUCCGCUUGGACCGGACGGCCGCGUCAUCGACACCGCCGAGGUUGCUCAAGCCAAAGCUGCCCACUUCGCGGCCCACUCAAGGGCACUCUUGCAGCCGUACGCUGCUCCCAUUAGCGGACAGUACUACGCUUACGGCUACCCCUACACGGCGCCCAUCGGACCCGACGGAAACGUCGUCGACACGCCCGAAGUCGCCCAGGCCAAGGCCGCCCAUUUCGCCGAAUACGCUCGCGCAGCUUCUCACCAGUAAAUAACACUAACGACACCUCCGACUUUAUGAUGUGUUUCAAUCAUGGAACGUGAAACAAUCGCCAGUCAAACUUAUUUUUUCACAAUGGACGCAUAAAACAUUUUCCGCAAACAAAUCAUAUUGCAACGGCCGGGGGGUUCUAUAUAUUGCGCUCUCCGUCGUGACAGGAAUUUUCACUGUGUUUUUUAUGUAUUUUUAUUACUUUCUUGUUGUAAAUUGCAAAAGAUUUAUGUCUUGAACAUCCAGUUUGGCAUUACUCAUGUGUAUGUCCGCGGCUUGUACAAAACAUCGUUAUAGAUUUUACGUCUUGAAUUUCAAAAAUGUCUGUUUUCGUUUUGUAUAGCAUUACCAAUAUUUUUGUGAAAAUAUAAUGAAUAUAACAAUAUAAUUUUUGAUUGUA